GUGUACGGUUGCUACGCAACGACACCAAACGAAGAUGGACGCCUCCGAGAAGCUUGACGAUGAAGUUACUUCACAAGUUCCAGAGCAGACGAAUGUUAAGGGGAAUGAGGAGUGUGAUGGAAACCCUGAGGAAGAGCAGAAGUGUUUCAUUCCAGAUGACAUGUAUUACAACUAUGAGGAGCUGUGCUCCAGACCCUUCAUCACUGCAGACUCCAACAUCCCCCCAAAUCUGCUACACCUCUCACAUUCAUUUGGCUAUGACUGUGGACGGAGGGGUAACCUGCAGCUGUUAGAUGAGCACACAUUGGCCUUCAUAGCUGGAAAUCUGCUUGUCCUACUGGACAUACAUACCAAAGAACAGCGACACAUCCGCUCAAGCAGUGGAGGAGGAAUCGGUGCUAUCAUGACACACCCAAGUAAGCAGUAUUUGGCAGUGGCAGAAAAGGGGCAUCAGCCUAACAUCAUCAUAUAUGAAUACCCCUCCCUGCGGCCGUACAGGAUCCUCAGAGAAGGUACAGGCCGCGCAUACAGCUUUGUGGAUUUUAACCGUGAUGGCUCUUUACUGGCGAGUGUGGGUGGACCUCCGGACUAUAUGCUUACCAUUUGGGAUUGGAAACAAGAACAGGUCACAUUGUCCAAUAAAGCUUAUUCUCAGGAAAUCUACAGAGUCACUUUUUCUCAAGACUGUGUCGGACAGCUCACUACCUCUGGCACUGGACAUAUCAGGUUUUGGAAAAUGGCCAGUACGUUCACUGGUUUAAAGUUGCAAGGGUUGCUGGGAAGAUUCGGAAAAACAACAGUAACAGAUAUAGAAGGAUAUGUGGAGCUUCCUGAUGGCAAGGUGGUGUCAGGAUCAGAUUGUGGAAACAUGCUCCUUUGGGAAGGGGGUCUAAUAAAGGUAGAAAUAUGUCGUAAAGGACAACGCACCUGUCAUGCUGGAACCAUUCACCAGUUUAAUGUGGAUGAGGGAGAAUUAAUGACAAUAGGUUCUGAUGGAGCAGUAAGGAGCUGGAAUUUGGAGAUCAUAGACGCAGCAGAUGCAGUGGAUGACACUGGCCUGUUUGAGAUCGAACCUGUGAAUGAAAUUCUAAUAGGGCGUAACGUCAGCCUGUUCUCUAUGGUCAAGAGUUCUGCUCCAGAAUCCUCCAUCUGGUUUGCUCAGGACUCUAAUGGUGGGAUUUGGAAGCUGGAUCUGUCAUUUUCCAACAUUACUCAAUGUCUCUUCUCAUUUCAUUCUGGUGCCAUCCAAGGCUUAGAUGUUUCCGGAAAUAGCCAUCUAAUGGCCACUACAGCUCUUGACUCGUCUGUCAGGGUAUUUGACUUUCUUUCAAAGAAAGAGCUCACAGUAAGCCGCUUCAAACAGGGUGGAACAACGCUGACCUGGGCCUCAGACAUGGUGAACAAUGGCGGGAGUCAGCUAGUUGUGGGUUUCAGCGACGGCGUUGUGCGUAUCUUGGAGCUGUUCAACCCUCAGAGUCUGUACACGGUUGCUGGGCGGAGUCACACAGAAGAUGCUGAACUCCGCCUCAGACAAGCUCUCAAACCCCAUAAUGCAUCUGUGACUGCCAUUGCUUUUGAGAGAACUGGAAAGAUCAUGGCUACUGGGAGUGCAGACUGCACUGUGUUCUUCUUUACGGUGGGCGAGAAGUACAACCCGGUUGGGUUUGUUACUGUCCCAGGUUCCGUGCAAGGUCUGCAGUGGUCACCUCAGUCUCAUGAGGAAAGCACUCUGUUGAUCUUCUGUCAGAAUGGUCAUGUUGUUGAAGUUCAGUGUCCUGAAGCUGACCAUCAGACCAUAGGAAAUACCUUCCAGCUCUCAGACCUUCCCACAAUCCAUUUCUGCUUCAGCAGCAUCAAGUCCCGUAUAAAGGGAGACGCAGAGAUCGCACUCAGACAGGCCAGAACAGAAGAGAAGAAGAAAGUAAGAGAAGAACGAUUGAAGAAGUUGAAAGAGCAGAAGUCAGAUGACACAGAGAAGCAACUACAGGAGGAAGAAGAAGAAGAGGAAGAUGCACUGCCUCCUCUGUACAUUCCAUCUCCACCCAGUCCUCUACACUGUGGUUUUUACUCAGCACCAGGCUCAUUCUGGCUGUCUAUGGGUGGCUAUGACUCGGGGUAUCUGUACCACUGUAAAUUCUCUGAACAGCAGAGCCAAGAUGCCUUAGAGAGGAAAGAUGAGCCCUUCUCCUUCAUACCUGUGGAGGACACAGAUCAUAAUUCUAUUCUCACCAUCAGUUUCAAUUCCAACAGGCAGUUGAUGUUUUGUGGUAUGGAGGAUGGAAGUAUAAGAGUUUUCCCUAUACAAGCCUCAGACCAUCAGCUCAGCUCCAUGCAGGCGCACUGGGCGCUUAACAUCCAUGACAACCAGUAUGGCAGCGUGAGGCACAUCCGUUGCAGCUAUGAUGACAUGUUCGUUCUGACCACAGGAGAGGACGGCAACAUCUUCUCCUUCAGCUGUCUGCCGGAGGAGGAACUACAGAGAUCCAUGCAGCUCAAACAUGCCAAAGUGCCCUCCCCACGGGCCGGACUGGAGAUGGAGAAAGCAGCUCCGGAUAUAGACGAUCCAUCUGCUUACAGCAUAGAAACAGCUAAACAGAAGCUGGAGUUGGACCGCAUGCUUCAGGAAGCAGAACAGAGGAAACUGGAGAGGCGUAAGAGGCUGGUGGAACUUCAGAGUCAAUUUCAAGGUUUACUGGAGCAGAACCAGAACCUACCCGAACACAUCCGCCUUCAUCGCUCGGAGUUGGAGCUGGACCCACGCUUCCACGAGGAGAUUGAAAGACAGACGGAAGAGAAAGUGAUGGAGGUCAGGAGAGAGCUUGCUUGGGAGGAGGAGAGACAUCGCCUGGGCCUUAACAAACUACAGACCAUGUUCUGGGACUCUGUGGUUCAGGACACGGUCACAGUGUAUGCGUUUGACUGUGGCCAUAAGAUCUCCACCUACAGGCUGCUGGCUCUUUCUUUCAUACAAAUGCAUCUACAUCAGCGCAACCGAGACGCCUCUCGAGGGGGACCUGUGGAACAAGUUCACUGGUGGAACAAAGCAGAGCCCGCUAAACAAAUCAGCAAUAUUUCACUUCAGGAUGAGCUGAUUUCAGGUCAGGCGGGUGUGAUGAAGUCUGAGUCAUGUAAACUGGCCAGCAGAGAUGCAGAGAAACUGCGCAAACCUGCGGAGAAAGCAGAGAAAGCCCGAGCCAGGAUAGAGAAGAGAAAAAAAGAUUGGGAAGAACUCUAUGCCUCUAAGCCCAGCGAGGACUAUGAAGACCCCAAGGAUGUGGAAGCGAUUCGAUUGGCUAAGGAAAAAAUGGGAGACUUUAAAUUGAAAACGGCAGAAGACUUCACUGUUCCUGAACACAUGAGAAUGAACGAAGAGAAGAAGAGAGUGCAGCUUGUGGAACUGGAGAAGAAGAUCUACGAGAAGAAGUCUGAGAUGAACGCCUGUGUGAUGGCUCUGAGAGACAGUAAAGUGGAGAUCAUUGCUCAGCUUCAUUCUCAGGUGGACCAGCUGCAGAUGAUUCAGCAGCGUCUGCCACCCGAGAAGCGUCGCCCAUUGCCUUCUGUGCCCGUUUUGAUGCCAGAAGAGAUGCCCGAGAGGAAACACAGAUACACCCGGGCCACUUUGGAACGUUUUGCCGCCCUAAGAGCCAAAAUGGUUUCCACAGGUCUGGAUGAACAGCAGGAGGAUGGGCAGAAUAUCCUGAAACUGCUUGAGCAGGAGACACAAGACACAGAGCACGAUGCUCAGAACACACACAUGAAGGAUGGAGGUGUGGUCGAGACGCUUUCCCAGAGGCAGGAGGAGGAACUCACAGAGCUAGAGAGGGAAGUAAGAGAAGUUGAGGAGAUUAGAAAUCUGCAUCAGCAGGACACAAUUCUUAAACAGAUGGAGGAGACAGUGUGGAGUUUUGACGCAGAGCUGCGCAUCUUGCGUCACGAGAAGCAGGAGCUGGAUGUGUACAUGAAACUGGCUGAUCUUAGACACGUGACCCUGCUUGAAGAGCUGCUGUUGUUGAAGGACUUUGAAAAGAGAGAGAGCAUUCUACAGGAGAGACUAAAUAACUAUAUACAGGAAGAGAAUGAGAUUGCGGCAAAUAUGUGCGAGCAUAAGCACCAGAUAGAGGUGAAGAAGAGAGAGAUCCACAAACUUCAGGGAAAGGAGAAAUCUAUAGCGGCUGCCUUUCGGGCCUCACUUGGUGAAAACAACAAGUUUGAGGAAUUCCUUACCAGAGUGUUCAAGAAGAAGAUCAAACGGGUAAAGAAAAAGGAAACGAGUGGAAGUAAAUGCGGUAAUGUAGAGGAAGAUGAUGACAGUGAUGAAGACUCUGAUGAAGAAUCAGACAGGGAUAAUGAUGAGGAUUACGAUGAUUCUGAGUCUGGAGCUCAGCUGGACGACAGAGUGUGCCCAUCAGACUGUAAUCCUGAGCUCUUCGAGAGCACGCUGAGAUUGCGUGAACGCCGUCUGGAAGUUGAGGAGCAAAUUCAGGAGGAGAUGAGAAGCAUCGACAGUUUAAAGAAGGAAUGUGAUGCACUGUCUAAAAAAGAGAAGAUCGUCCAGAACAACCGCAAAGCAGCAGAGGGCGAUAUGGAGCUCAUCAAUCGAGAAAAGCAGCAGAAGCUUAAUGAAGUGGAUGUGGUGGUGCCGCUCAGACUCCAUCAGAUAGAAUAUGUGAGUAGUGGUCUGUUGCCUGGUAAACUAGACUCUGCAUUGGUGCUGAACACUGAUGAUCUGGAGCGUCUACAGAAGCGCAUUAAAGAACUGCAGCAGGAGAAGACAGAACAGCGAGAGCUGUAUAAACGUGCCAGACAUCAACAUGUGCAGCUCAGGCACGACCUCAAAGACAUGGAGGCCAGAAUAAAGGAGUCAGAAGUGCGUAGUGAGCAGCAGAUGCUGAUGAAGUUUGGAAGGCUGGUUGACCUUGAAGUUCUGCAGACUCUGUCAGGUAACAGGAAGCUGGAGGAGAUGAGACAGGAGAUCAGAGAACAAGAAGCUAAAUACAUACAAGAGCUGAAACACUGGGAGGCAAAAGUGACAGAAGCUAGAGAUGCCCUGACUGAGAUCACACAACAGAACACAGAGAGAUUGAGCAAAAUGCACAGCCUGCUCAGCCAGAAAAACACAUUGGAUGAUCAGCUCAACUCCAGACAGAGGAAGACGGUGAGUCAGAUCCCUGGCCGUCAUCUGGCUGACAAACAGGAACUUCAGAGGCUGCAUCAGUUUGUGGAAGCUCAAGCACAAGAUAUAGAAGCUCUACAGAAUGAGAUCCGCUCUCUCUUACGCAAAGACAGCAUCGUUCUCCCUCCACUUGAACCUGUGAUGCCUACUGGUUCCACCCUGCUCUACAGAAACACAGCCAGCACACACACACACUCUAGUGUGCUAAGGAAGCACAACCCCAGCAGCAAAGCUGUGAAAUAGAUCCCGACUCGCCACACACCACAAACUUAAUGCCUCUGUUUAUGGUAACAUUUUUAAAUGCAAUUGAUGACGUUUUAUUUGUUUUGAUUAUCCACUCUCAUAAAGUUUAUGUCUUUACAAAACACAUCGUUUCUGAAUAAGCAAACCACUGCAAUAUCUACGGACAAAAAUCUCUAGAAGAUAUAUAAAACGUAAUGUUAUUCUAACUAUAAGACAAAUAUGAAAAAUAUGGAACAAUAAAAACCGAGAGAAUGCAAAAUUGUGUCACGUCCUUUUUGUGACAUUCGUUGGUCUUCAGUGCUGCAGGAGCGCCAGACAUGCGCAGGCAUCGUCGUCUGGAUGUGACGUCACGGGCAUUGCGGCGAUCAGAGAGUGAGAAUGAAAGAAGGUGAUACAAGAGGUGAUGAUAUACAGCAUGGGCCAUAAAGAUACACACCGGGGAAUUAGGUUAAGGAGAGAAUGAUUUCGCUGGCUUCGGCACAAGCUGACUGUCACUAGAAUAGUUAAGAUCCGACAAAUCUAGACUCGGUUCUCAAAGCAUUUGGGACAAAAGCAAACAUUUUGCAGCUUCAUUGCAGUUCAGUUUCACCUUCACCGUGGUCAACACUACUAAAUUGAAAAGGCACUUCAUCGAUUUUUGCUAAAUGUUUUAUGUGGAUGAAGAUAGAUACAUGGAUUAAAUAAUUUCCGCAUUGAUUGGAGUCAGCUCACUUAAGGGCGAGGUUGUCCAUGGGAGAUGUUCUAGUUUCUCACUGAGAAUCUGCCAAGCUGGACCAGUCCAGUUCUGAGUGCUCAAGAACAGACUCCACAGAACCCGUGCAGCUCGGUCCCAUCCCAGAGGAGCA